AUGGAGCUUUUCUAUCUCUUAUGCUCCAUCCUCUCCACCUUCCUCACUUCCCUCACUCUCUCCCUCCUCCUCCCCUUCAAGACUCUCCUUCGCCGCUUCUCUUCACGCGCCGCCUCCUCUUCCUCCGUCUCCCUCUACGGAGGCACCGUCUGGCACGAGCGUCGCCUCCCCGUUCACCACUCUUUUCGCUAUGACGUCCGCUACGCGCUCAUUGACUUGGACCACGAGCCACAAGACCUCCCCAACCACCUCUCCGCCGAGGAAGCUCGCCGCAUUGCCGGCACCAAUGGCCGGACUUUGCUUUUGACAAUACCUCAAAGUGUGGGAUACGAGCAGAACCCAUUGAGCUUGUACUACUGCUAUGAUAGUGAUGACCAGCUUUUGCAAAAGUGCAUUGCCGAGGUAACCAACACACCAUGGGGAGAAAGAGUGACAUUUGUUUUCAACCCAAAUUCUGAUUUAGUGGCAAAGCCAUUGCAUGUCAGUCCUUUUAUGGAUAUGUUGGGGGAUUGGAGUAUCAGAGCAAAUGCUCCUGACGAUGAUCUAUUUGUUUCAAUUUCAGUUCAACACCCUGAGCUUGGUAAUUAUUUCACAGCUACCCUAAAAGCUAAAAGGGUAUCCUCAUCAUUGGUGUUUGAUCAUGCACUGUUUUUCUGGUUGAUGCCGCACAAGGUUGCAGUGUGGAUAUAUUGGCAUGCCUUCAAACUCUGGUGGAAGAAUGUAUCAUUUGUCCAACACCCAAGGUACACCAACCCUGCAUACAGGGAGGAAGCUUUGGAACGCGAUGAAAAACUUCACUGCCGUCAGGCUGCCGGAUUGGACAAAGAUAAGAAGCAUCUGCAAUUUGAAGGAUGUGGUCAAGGCUGUAUGGCUAGCAGGAAAAGCGAGGCUCGUUUUUGUACAUGGAGAGAUGCAAAGUGGCCUUGGUCUUAA